UGUGAAGUUCAUUUCAAUUUUUCAUUUUAGGUAAAGUUUCUCAAUGGAUUUUUAACAAACGUCAACAUAGUCCAAGUAGUGACGCAACAUUUUCCCACGAUUCUUAAAUUUAAAUUGAAUCAGAACAAUUCUCAUCACGUUCUCAUUGGUAUACAAAACUUGAGUAAUUUAUUUGCCAUUAUUUGAGUUUGUUUUCUAUUAUCUUAUUUUAGUAUUAGUUCCUUCAUCACAUUUCAACCCGAUAUCGGAAGUUCAUCAUGGAAAAAAUUCCAAUCAAGGAAACAAAAGGCCUGUCGGUGGUCGUUGCGGGACUGUUUAUCGUCGCGCAGCUGGCAGGCGCUGGAUUUGUAUCGUUGCCAAAAGCUCUCGGCAACACAGGAUGGCUGGGCUUACCGAUGAUGAUAUUGUUCUGCGUAAUGGUGGGCUUGUCGGCCACGAGGCUGGGCUUCUGCUGGAACAUCCUAGAGGAACGCUGGCCGGACCAGUACUCCCAGCCAGCCAGACAGCCUUACAUGGAAAUCGCUGAAAAAGCGUUCGGCAAGCACGGACGAGCGUUCGCGCUGUUCUGUGUGGUGGCGUCACAGUUCGGAGGUACGACCGUGUUCAUCAUACUAGCUGCAGAGCUCCUGAACACUUUGCUGCCAGGCUUGAGCACCUGCGUUUACAUAAUCAUCGUGGCAACAAUCAUCACUCCAUGCACCUGGCUCGGCACACCUAAAGAUUUUUGGCUUGGGCCGAUGCUGGCAGUGGUUUCGACUAUAGCUGCUUGCUUAGCUAUCUUCGUGCAGACGCUUUUGGACGCACCAGAUCAACACUACGUGCAGUUCGUCAACCCGACCAUCAAGACCUUCGCCUUGGGCUACGGAGCCAUUCUUUUCGCAUUUGGUGGAUCGUCCGUAUUCCCUACCAUCCAAAACGACAUGUCAGACAGAACGCAGUUCUGGAAAAGUGUUCUGCUUGGUUUUUCUAGUAUUCUCUUGUUGUAUGUGCCUGUAAGUGUGGCCGGCUACGCAGUUUUCGGCACGUAUGUCAACAGCAACAUCCUGUUCGAAGUGACGCAGGGUCCUGCUGUGGAAGCUGCUAUGGCGCUGCAAAUCAUCAAUCUUCUUGGAUCUUACGUUAUUGGAUUCAACACAGUUACCCAAGCGUUUGAAGAUAUUCUAAACAUACCUCAGAACUUUGGUGUGAAGCGCAUUGUAACCAGAACGUCUAUCGUGUGGCUACAAGCUAUCAUCGGACUCGCGAUCCCCGACUUCAGUCUCAUCCUCAACUUGAUCGGCGGGUCGGCCAUGACAAUUUGUUCCUUCAUCCUGCCCCCAUUAAUGUACCUAGUAUUGACGCGCCCUGGUCCUAAAUAUGAUGGGAGGCCGGUACCGUUCUGGAUGAGGGUGGCACUUAUCGAAAUUGUGAUCAUAGGCGCUAUAGGAGGAACUUUCUCGACUGUGAGCGCCAUUGUCGAAAUCGUGAACACACCCUUUAGCGCGUCUUGCUUUGCUGAUUUUUCUGGAGACUCCCUGUAAAAAUGUAAUAAUUUAGAAUAAUAUAGAAUUAGAAUUACA